AUGCCCAACGACCGCAAUGCCAGCAUCCUCAGCGCCUUGAAGGCGACUGAGAUGCUGGAUUCGCGACCGGUUCUGCCGGCAGAAAUCCUUGCUACGAUACUCGAUUAUUUGCCCAUCUCUGAUCUCAUGCGAGCGGCACGAGCCUCAAGACGUCUCCGGGAGAUGGUCUAUGAUGACACGCGAUGGGUCUCCCGGUUGAAGAGUUUAGGGUGUUGGGAUGAAGCCGAAGCGAAACAACGGUUUGAAGAGGCGAGGAGAAAACGGAGGGAGGCGGCACAGCGCGCGAGCGGUCCACCCGGGGCCCCGGGCGCCGCCCCCGCUGCGACGACUAUUUUUGACGCCGUCGCCGAAGCUGACCGACCCCAGGGACCCUCGGCCGUAGGUGCUGUCGCAGACGGGUUCGAGACCAUGUCAUUGGGGUCUUCCAAAGCCGCGGAGCAAGACUCGAGUGCCAUCUUGGACGUUCUGCAGAAUGUAAAAAGCAUCAGAGGCUUUGCAAGGCAGGAGUACGGCAAAGUCUACAGCGCACUGGCUCCUUUCUAUUACGACCUGAUUCAGGCCUCGAGCCACGCCGACCCCAUCAUCUUCAAGGUCUUCCGAGACCCUGAAAGGCAAGCGAGGAUGCUGGCGAACCUUCGCGUGUUCUCAAAGAGCGACUGGGCACAGGGUUGGACACAGCGGGAGGAGAAGCUCAUGACUAUGACGAGCGUUUUUGAGAGCGCCGUGUUGCGGGAGUUUGAGCAAGGUUAUGAGUUUUGGGACAUCGACGGGAGGAUGAAGCGCUACGCGACAGUUUUGCACCACCUGAACGGUGGAACUGCUGCCGUCCACCUCUUCAUCGACAAGCACCCUGUAUUCGCUGACAUGCAGGUGACGAUGAAUCCCGAAGUUUCUGGAGGCGCUGGCACAAAAGUCAACGAGCAGUCCGGCAUCAUUGACAGAAUUUUCCCGGAACCAGAUACGGUGUUUUGGACGUUUGUCGAUAAGAUACGGGAAGAUAUCGUCAUGGAGUACUUUACGCUACUGUUUGACGAGGCCCACGCACGAAACUUGCUCGGCUACCUCAUGGCUGGGGAUAUCGAUGCAAAGGCCAAAGAACUAACGUUGACCACCUUUGAGCCGCAUCUGGAUCUGUAUUUCCAAGAUGAGCUCGACUACUUUACGAAAAAGGCGGAAAGCCAGGUGGCGGAAUGGGAGAAGAAGCUCUCGGCGCAGGAUGCCUCGUUCAUUCAAAAGGUCGUCAUGAUGCCCGUAACGGUCCUCCCGACUUUCCCCAUUGGAUCUCCCUUUGCAUCCAGCAAGCCCGCUGCGGCAGCCGCCACCUCAGAUCCAAGCGCCAUCCAACAAACGCAGCUCAAACCCGCGGCUCCCACUUUUCCUGGGGCAGCUAUUGACGGGCGCGCUAGUCCACUGCCUAGCGAGGCACCGACUGACGAGCUUGCAGCAAAGGCUGCCUUGAUGACUUCUCGGCUUGAGGGAAUCAAAAGCCUCUUUAGCAUUGAAGUUGCGCUGGACCUCGUUCACCAGGCCAAGACCAGCCUAGGCAGGACGGCCGUCUUCAUCAAGCUAGGCGGCCAGUCAGGAGAGGAGGCGAGAGAGCAGUGUGCCACGAUAUUUGUGGUGCUGCUUCGCAUCCUGGGCGUUAACCACGUAAAAUCCGGCUUCGAAAAGGCAGUGGCCCACCUUUCGCAGUACAACCCUCGUGCCGUGAACGACCACAACCAAGCCGGCGUAGCCCCUCUAGUCAUGUUUAUCGAGCUUGUCAACGUCGGCGAUCUCAUCUCUCAGAUGAUUGACGUUUUCUACGAGCAGCAGCUGGCGGGCCCAAAGAUUGCUGAUAAGAACGACUUUUGGACCCUGCUGGGCAUCGAUGUGCUCAUGGACGAAGUCGAGUACCUUCAUGGCACGACGCAACUCCCCACCGAUUACAACCCUGCCCCGGCCGAAAAUAGCAUGUCGGGAUCAGAUUUCGACAUCGGGCCUACGGCCACAGCCACGCGUAUCGUCGAGCUCGUCUCCGGCCACACGCGUAUGCUCGUCGGCACGACGGAUAAGUCGAUGCUCGACGUCUUCAACGGUGAAGUCGGUCUCCGUCUCUUCACGGCCGUCUGUAAGCACCUCAAGCGCCAGCGCGUCAGCACCGACGGCGCCAUUAAGCUCAUCGCAGACAUGAACUUGUACUUUGACUACGUGCGUACGCUCCGGAAUCAGGACCUGCUAGCCUACUUUGGGGCGCUGCGCGAGCUGUCGCAAAUCUACCUCAUCGACGCCGGGCAUGCCAAGGAGAUGGCUAUCGUCAUUGCCGAUGGUGACAGGUUCAAGGGCAUUUUUAGGGCGGAGGAGGUUUAUGAAUACGCCCAGAGACGGGCGGACUGGUACCAGGUUAGAAAGAGUGUGGAGAGAGCCAUGUACGGCCUCGAGUGCUCGCUGAUGUGA